AUGACCAGCAUGCAAGAUCCCAAAUAUUUGCGAACCCAAAUAACAGUUAAGCCUGAUCCUAACAAAUUAACGCAACAACAGCCAAAUCCUUACUUAUCCAAAAUUUCUAGAUCCUCAACAUCACUGCUUUCAAAAACUCCUUUAAAUUCCCGAUAUAUUUCUACACAAAAUAACCCAAUAAUCCAGACAAACAGUCAGAUCAAUAAAUCUCUUACAAUUCUUCGUCAAAAUUCAACAUUUCUAGAGCAGUUUCCUGAUGCAGCUCAAAGACGGCAAUCAACAUUCUUAAAAAAAGAUUCUCUUCAUCCAAGUGUUAGAAAUAGCAAUAAAUCGCGCACAAUAAUCCAACAUUCAAAUUCAUCAUUUUUAGCAGCAAUUCCUGACGAGUAUAAACGAAAGCAAUCAACUAUUUUAAAAAAAGACACAUUAAAGCCUAAUUUGCGUAACCCUACCAAAUCUCGGACAAUAAUAAAACACUCAGAUUCUGUAUAUUUAGAGCCGAUUCCUAAUAAUCAAAAAAGAAGAACGUCAACUUUAAUGAAAGUUGAUACAAUGAAAGGAAUUAAUAAUGAAAAUCAAUAUUCUGAUAAUUUCGAUCAGAUUUAUCAAGCUCUUCAUGAUAAAAUAAAUAAGGAUCAUGAUGAAAUAAAUUAUCAUGAGCUAGUCUCUUGAACUCUUAACGAAAUUGCAACCAGGAUUCCCUAUAUUGAUUUAUUUAAAUUAUUAAGAGACUGCUUUUUUUGUAUUUCUCUAUCCUCUGAGAAUAAUCCUUUAGUUUUACAUCUGAAAGAUGAAAUCCAAACCUUGGAGUCCGAAGCUCUCAGAUUGAAAAAUAUUAACAUUACAAUAGAAAAUAAGCUAAAAGCAUUAUCUGAAGAAAACGUAAAAUACGCGAAUCAAGUCGACGAGCUUAACAGAGAAGUAAGAAACUGGAGAAUUGUAAAAGAAAAAGGUCUAGAUUUCUCCAAAGGAAGUGUAGAGGCAAAGCUGAUUUUAGACGAAAAUUCCAAAAAAGGAGAAAUUAUAAGAGAGCUGAAAGAAGAAAUUCAGGAUUUAAAACUAAAAAUAGCAAAAUUGACUAGUGCGCUCUGCUUGAUAGAGCAACAAGGAGGCUUAACUACAAAAUUUUUACAAGAUCUGAAGGAACAAGUUAAACUAGAUGCAAAUGGACGAAGACAGUCGGCGAUAUUUGCUCCAUCUGCAUUGAUGUCUACUGGGCUGAUAAUAGAGGAAAGCAAAGAACUGGAUUGUUUGAGGAAUAUUGACAUGAUUUUAUCUGAUGAUAUGUUUUUACAAAAAAGAGUAAGCCCUGUUCCUGCAUUAAAAUUAAGUGAAUUAAAACAGGAAAAUGAGGAAUAA